AUGAGACUUAUUCUUCUUCUCGUUGCAGUCGUUUUGAUUGCUUUUAUUGACGGAGCUUCAGGCGAAGAGUUCGAGCUCAAAGUCGAAGCAAAAGAAGAAUGUGAUGCUGGGGAGAAAACAGAUCAGAACUUAAAAAUUAAUGGACGCCAAACGAUCGGAAAUAAAAAGUAUCGAAUUGUGGAAGCUUACAUAUAUUGGACGAAUAGCAAUGGAAAGGUCAUUGGAUCUACUGCCUGCAAUGUUCCUGGAUCAAAGAAAUGUGUCGCUUUGAAUCCUUCACCCAAAAAUGCAGCUAGAAGGUAUCUCGUUGUCGCCGUAACUCUAAACAAGAGUUCAUUCGAGGAUCAAAACAUUCAUUACCAGUAUUUCGAUGAAUUAUUCCAAUUGAGCAAGAUUCCGGAUCCAAAAAAACUGCCAACCGCAGACAUCCAUAAUCUCAAUAACUUCCUCUACAUCGCAAACGCUAGUUAUACGACUUCGGCAGAGACAUUGAGAUUUACUGGAAUCAAUUGUCGUGAAAACCGUGCCAAAUCGCUUAUUUCUGGCCAUGGAUACUUCAUUACUGAAUUUGGCGGAAAAGGCGCUUGGGAUAAUCUCUACUUCCUUCCUCAAAAUGGGCAAUACAUCACAACCCCGAACUGA